AUGGGAACUUUGAAGGAUAAAGUUCGGAAUCCUGCACAACCAGAAGGUAGUAUAAUUCAAGGGAUUGUGGGUGAAGAGAUCAGUAAUUUUGUGGCUGAGUAUUUUGCUAGUGUUGAUCCUGUUGGACUUCCGACAUCCCGACACGAGGGCAGACUUGAGGGCAAGGGUACAAUUGGUUCAAAAUUGAUCACACCUUCCGUAGAAAAGCGUAAACAAGCUCACUUAUUUGUAUUGCAUCACGUACCAGAUGUCCAUCCUUAUUUAAGUGAACAUAUGGAGGAAUUACGUGUUAGCAAUCCUGGAAAAGGAGUGAGGGCAUUGACGCAAAUGCAUAACAAGACUUUCAUUGAUUGGUUUCAUAAACGAGUACUCAAUGAUUUGGAUGAAAGUGUUCCUGAAACAGUCAAGUGGUUAGCAUUUGGUCCUCGUGAAGCUGUACGCUCUUAUGAGGGUUAUGAUAUUAAUGGGUAUACGUUUUGGACUGAACGUCAAGAUCUCAAGUCAAGAUCGCAACAAAAUAGUGGUGUUUCACUUGUGGCGUCGUCUACACAAUAUGCAAGCUCGAAAGAUAAGUCGCCUGUACAUGCUGAA